AUUUUUAGAAGGGAGUGAGGUGGGGAUGUCGAACAGCCCUUCCUUUCUCUCCCUGACGCCCGCCUGAACCUAUGCCGUCUCACCAUGUCCAUUGCUGAUCCCUAGUCUUUCUCCUAAACCACACACUGUCCCCUUCAUCUUCUGCUAAUCUUUCCAUAAAAAAGAGAUCUUUUUGGCUCCAACCAUGAAGAAAUUGAGAGGUUCUAAGCUGCGAAUAAAGCUAGUCUGCAUUUGGAGAUGGGCCUCUCGUAGACGCUCCAAAACCGCUCCUCCUCCCUCAUGCCUACUCCAACUUGGCCGCAUAAAGGCCACGACUUUGACGACGAAGCUCCGGGAGUGGGGCCUCUCCCUCGCCCACGGGCUCGGCGGCGUCGGUUGUGACCGGACGGAGAGGGAAGAGGUGGCGCUGCAACUGCUGGAGGGUGGCGGGGGACGGGGGCCUCCGCCGCCCCCGCCGAAGGGACACCUGGCGAUUUACGUGGGCGGCGGGAGGAAUGGGGAGGAGGGAGCGCCGCCGCGCCGGUUCGUGGUGCCAGUGAUCCACUUCAACCAUCCGCUCUUCGGGGAGUUGUUGAAGGAGGCCGAGGAGGAGUUCGGGUUCAACCACCCCGGCGGCAUCACCAUCCCCUGCCCCGUCUCCCGUUUCGAGCGGCUCCGGAGCCGGAUCGCCGCCGAGCCUUGCCGGACCGGGCUAAGGGUAAAUCGGUCCGGACUGGCCACCUAGAUGUGAGACCUGACCGCCUUAGUGACGUCAUUUCGAUGUGCUACUUCUUUUUUUUUUUCUUUC